GCUAAAGGGCAUCGGAUGUGCUGAAUUACUUGCAAAUUCACUGAAGUCCAAAGCUCCGGAGGAUGCAUUGCCAGUAAAAAAAGUAAAGAGACCUAGGAGAGGAGAAGCCAACCACAUUCCUGACAUUCCAACUGGAGAGACUCCAGAUAAUUUGGAAGAUGACAGAGUGACACUUUUGAGUGAAGUGAGGAAGCGAAACAAUCUUGCAGUGAUAAAGAACAAAAUGGACAAGACCUUUUCACUGCGAAGACAAGAAAUUGUGGCAAAGGAAUCAGGAGUGGAAGAGGUGAAAGAGAGAUGGCCUGCAUUGUUCACAGUGGAUGAGAUCAAUGCUGAAUUUAUGAGGAUUAUUACUGUUCCACUUCAACCGCGAUUCCUGGCUUCUUUGGACAAGCACCACAGCAAGCUGAUUGAGAUCAUCAGGAACAAGGGAGGAGCUGUCAGAGAGAAGACACGGGGUGUGCUGAAAGUUCUUGAUCAGAGCCUGGAUGUGAGCCUAAAGAGAGAGUGUCUGCUGAAGUGCCUCAUCUUGUACCUUGGGGAAGACGUACAAAAACUGAUCAAGGAGUUUCUGCGCUCCCUCCUCCCUCUCCUGUGUCUCCUCUUCAUUUCAUCAGAGCAGACCGCGAUGAAAACAGCGACAGAGGUUGCUGAGAAGGAUGACGCCGAAAGAGAGCUUCAGCAGUGCACAAUGGCGGUGUUUGUCAUCAGGGAGGAAGAGGAUCCGUUAAAGCCACCAUGUGACAUAGGCAUCAUUAUUGAAGGUGUGGAGGUGCUUAAUGAGCUGCCAUCAGUUGCACAUGGAUGUGCCCUCUUAUUUGGCCUCAUCUAUGCUCUAAACUUGAGCUAUCCAGGUGAGCUCAAACACACUUUCGAUGCGCUGCAGAAAAUAUUCAUGGAGAUUGAACCAAAGAGAAUGACACGCAGAGUGUGCAGUCUGAGUGUCAAGCUCUAAAUAUGGGGUUGCUCAAAGAAAGACAUUUGGAUACAACAUGUUGUUCUGUUUUAUUGCUUGUAUUCAAAUACAUUCCAGGAUAAUGUAAGGGGUCAUUGUUACAUAAGAGAGAAACUAGUUUUAAUUCAAAACACGAUUUAAUUUGUGAUUUUCUGUGUUAACAGAAUUCUUUCUGUUGUAUAAAUAUUGUGGCACAUAUAUCAACAUUGAAAUGUGAAUAAUGCUAAAUUCAGUAAGCAGUGUAAGAGCACUAGUGGUUAUGUUUUUUUCCUUGAACUGCCUUUAUUCAUAAUUGCACUCACAGCAGCUGUGUUUUUCCUUGCUUUAUUUUUUGGGGUCCCCUGCAUUUGUAAUGGUUCAAAAAUAAUGAUAUUCCUACAUUUAUAUCAUUUUGUCAAAUGAUAGCAAAGAGUUAACACUGUUUCUAUUUUUAUACUGUUUUAUUACUGUUACUGUUUUAUAAUGCUGUUACUUUGGAUCUCUGAAGUUUUAAAGAAGAGGUGAACAAACCAGUUUUACAUGUUAAGAUGUGUAAGUUGAUGUGUUUACAGUUUCAUUAGGUGUAAAAAAAAAAAAACAUGAUGAAAAGACCACAUUUUAUUUAAUUUUACAUGGAAGUUUUUUUUUCCUAAGUGUUGUUGUGUAAAACACACACUGGCCUGUUGUACUGGUAACAACAUUGACAUAGUUUUAUUAAGUUUUUGAUGGGUUUUUUAUUAUUAUUUUGAAAGGUGAUGCAAUUUUCAGAAUCAUCAAAAAUAAAUGGUCUUUUGAAGAGAA